CCGAUCCUACAUACACACCUUACGGCCGCACUUUCCAUUUCUAAAUCCACGAUCCUAUGCAGCUUAUGAAUCCGCGGCUUAGAAACUAACGCGGCGCGCGGACGAUGCUACCUAAUCCCGGCAGGCUGCGACCUCAUAAGAGCGUUCUAUGGUAAGGUGAUUCUACGCCCAGGCGAUCUAAGGCAUCUAAACGCAAUGGAAAAGCCAAACUACUUUUGGAGAAUCUUGCAGAAAUCAUGGGGGUUCGCACGACUUCCCUUCCGCUUGGAUCGAUGGCUUCCCUUUCUCCCAAGAGGUUGGCGCAUAUCCUUCGGCAUCUGGGUUCGACUGAGCGUAGAUCAAAGAGACUGUGUCCAUGCCCAAGUGGGUGUGAAGACUACUGAGCUAUACGCUCCUCUUAGCAAAGGCGAUAUCCGAAUUCUUCGACUGGAGCCAGGCACAGGCUCUGACCCUCUCGUGAUCGGCUUAGAGCAUCACAAUUUGUCCAACGCUCCUCCAUAUGAAGCUCUCUCAUAUUGUUGGGGAUCAGAACGCCCGAAGCGCCGUUGCUUCAUCGAUGGCUUAGAAGUCGGUAUUCUUCCAAAUGUUGAGGAUGCCUUGCGAAAUCUACGGCUGCCCGAUUGCCCUCGCCGACUGUGGAUCGAUUCCGUCUGUAUCAAUCAGAGCUACUUUCUUGAACGAAACGAUCAAGUAGCCCGCAUGGACGACAUAUACCGAUGCGCCCAGCAGGUUUUAGUGUGGCUUGGUUCACCAGAUGAGCAGAGCACGGUCGGAAUGGAAGCGCUCCGCUUCUUCGUCGAUCCAGCAUCUGUACCCACUGAUGCCCCUUGGUACUUCUCCUCCUCGCGCGACGCUGCACUCGGGCUAAGGUCCAUCUUGCAAAGAGCGUGGUGGAAAAGAUUUUGGACUGUGCAGGAAGCGGUACUAGCUCGGCAGGUGCUUCUGAUGUGUGGCAAGCACACUGUACGAUGGCGAACUAACAUCAGCACCCUCCGGCGCAUUAAAUUCAUGACAAAGUUCGCUGCUACAUCGCCGCAAUGGGAGCUAGCUCCAUUCCAUGAGGUUGACCUACAGCCUCUGGUGGAAAUAAUCGAGGCCCAAAUCCGGGAGCGAGAAGAGGAGACGGGCGUCAGAGUCGAAAAGGACAUACUGGACGUUCGGUACGAGUUCCGGAACCGACAAUGUACCUUUUUCUCGGACAAACUGUACGCCUUGCUCGGCCUCGCGGAAAGUCGACGCAUGGGCCUUAAGGGUCUGGAACUGGUAGAUUACACGCAGAAGGCGGAAGAGGCUCAUGCGAAGUUCGCUGCGGUUUUGCAUGGUCUGAACCCUGGAUUAGACAUACCAAAGGAAUGGGUACAUGGCCAUCUUUGAACGAUGGGUAUAUUUAUGUCGCCUCAAAAAUACCCACAAUGAUCUAAUAGUGCCAACUGUGCUCGAUUAUCAAUCUAGAUAAUGACGACUUACUUUGGUCCUGGAGAGUCUCAGCACUCAAUGCUGAUAUAAAGGAUUGUUUACAUACUGAUGGGCCCAGCUUCAGGCUCGCGCAUCAUUAUGACCAUAUUCCUGCCGCCAAAUCUGUCCUAUCGUUUCCU